UGCCCAGGGCCCCACGGCCCAGUCUCGGGGUAGGAUCGUGGUGUGGCUCAGACCCUGCCCGGAGGUGGGAUCACGGUGUGAGCCAGCGCCUGGCUGCAGGGUCUAGUCGGGGGUUGGGAUCCUGGUGUGAUCCCGACCCAGCCUCGGUCCGUCCGUAGGGGAGCGAUGGGGGUUAGGAGAAGAGCGGAGACGCUGUGGCUCAAUUAAGACCUCUGCCAUGGCAGCAAAACCCAUUGUGACUUCGAAGCAGAGAGAGGAGGUGGUGAGGGGUGUCCCAACAGAAGUGGUGUGCACGGCCUUCUCCAACUCCAUUCUUGUGGUGGUGACGCAGUAUGGGAAGAUGGGAACUCUCGUCUCUGUGGACCCCAGCACAAUAACCAGUGACAUCAGCAAACCUUCACUCACCACAAAAGUGCUGCUGGGCACAGAUGAGCCUCUCAUCCAUGUUUGUGCUAAAAACCUGGUGACAUUUGUGUCUCAGGAAGCUGGGAACAAACCUGUUCUCCUGGCUAUAGCAUUGAAGGACAAGAGCAUGGAAGGAAUAAAAGCGCUGCAGGAGUUGAUCCGAAGUUGCCAAGUGUGGUGAAGCUGUGCUGUCUGAAUGCAAGGAAGGGAUCCUGGGUCAGUGACCUACCACUGUUUAUUUAAAAGGACAAAACAUGCCUUUAUGCUGGUUUUGGAUCCUGUUGAGGAUUUCAUUAAUUUUCUCUACCGUGUAGAACUUUGGGCGAUUUUGCUGUUGUUGCUGGGUUUGGAGCCCAUGCAGUUAAGCAGUGAAGUUAGAACUUUUUUCUCAGUGCAAAAUGAAAUUUCAUUUCCAUCAUAUUGGGUGGAGGUUGUAUAUUUGGAAAACUGCACGUGGCUUUGCAGCAGCGUCCAGAGAAGUAAAUGGCUUCAAGCAAUGUAAUAAUGAAAUGCUGUGCUUCCAAGUGUAAAAUGUGAUGUAGAAUGAAUAAAAAUACACAUUGGCAAAUG